CCGCUGACGCCGCUUCCGCUGCGGGGCCCGGCCGGGGCGCGCCGUCGCUAGGAGACGGGCCCGCGUGACACCGCCCCGCGUGCGCGGUGACGUCAGGGACGGGAGCCGCGGCGGGUCAGCUGGCGGCGGCGGAGCGGGGGCUGCGGCAGGGGCCGCGGCGGAGCCGGCGCCGCCAUGGGGGAGCUGUUCCGCAGCGAGGAGAUGACCCUGGCGCAGCUCUUCCUGCAGUCCGAGGCCGCGUACUGCUGUGUGAGCGAGCUGGGCGAGCUGGGCAAGGUCCAGUUCCGCGACCUGAACCCGGACGUGAACGUGUUCCAGCGCAAGUUCGUCAAUGAAGUGAGGAGGUGUGAGGAGAUGGACCGAAAGCUCCGGUUUGUUGAGAAGGAGAUUAAAAAAGCAAAUAUUCCUAUCAUGGACACUGGUGAAAACCCAGAGGUACCUUUUCCACGUGACAUGAUCGACUUGGAGGCAAACUUUGAGAAAAUUGAAAAUGAGCUUAAGGAAAUCAACACGAACCAGGAAGCGCUGAAGAGAAACUUCCUGGAGCUGACAGAGUUAAAAUUCAUCCUGCGUAAAACUCAGCAGUUCUUUGAUGAGAUGGCGGAUCCAGACCUGUUGGAGGAAUCCUCUUCGCUCCUGGAACCAAGCGAGAUGGGAAGAGGUGCCCCGCUACGACUCGGGUUUGUGGCUGGUGUGAUCAACCGGGAGCGGAUCCCCAUGUUCGAGCGCAUGCUGUGGCGAGUGUGCCGAGGGAACGUGUUCCUGCGCCAGGCAGAGAUUGAGAACCCCCUGGAGGACCCCGUGACGGGGGAUUAUGUGCACAAGUCUGUGUUUAUCAUCUUCUUCCAAGGCGACCAGCUGAAGAACAGAGUCAAGAAGAUAUGUGAAGGAUUCCGUGCCUCCCUCUACCCAUGCCCAGAAACACCCCAGGAGCGGAAGGAAAUGGCUUCUGGUGUCAAUACCAGAAUUGAUGAUCUUCAGAUGGUGCUGAACCAGACAGAGGAUCAUCGGCAGCGGGUCCUGCAGGCAGCUGCCAAAAACAUCCGCGUGUGGUUCAUCAAAGUGCGCAAGAUGAAGGCCAUCUACCACACCCUGAACCUCUGCAACAUCGACGUCACGCAGAAGUGCCUCAUUGCUGAGGUCUGGUGUCCCGUGGCUGACCUCGAUUCCAUCCAGUUUGCUCUCAGGAGAGGCACUGAGCACAGUGGAUCCACUGUCCCAUCUAUCCUAAACAGGAUGCAAACGAAUCAGACCCCACCAACAUACAACAAAACUAACAAGUUUACUUCUGGCUUUCAAAACAUUGUUGAUGCUUACGGCAUUGGGACGUAUCGGGAAAUAAAUCCAGCACCAUAUACGAUCAUUACCUUCCCCUUUCUGUUUGCUGUGAUGUUUGGAGAUUUUGGCCAUGGAAUCCUGAUGACUCUCAUUGCUGUUUGGAUGGUGCUUAGGGAAAGUCGGAUUCUGUCACAGAAGAGUGACAAUGAGAUGUUCAACAUGGUUUUUAGUGGCCGAUACAUCAUCCUGCUGAUGGGACUGUUCUCCACCUACACCGGCCUCAUCUACAACGACUGUUUCUCCAAGUCCCUGAAUUUUUUUGGCUCAUCAUGGAGCGUCCGGCCCAUGUUCUCGAAAGGCAACUGGUCAGAUGCCUUGCUAGAAACCACUCCUCUGCUGCAGCUGAACCCUGCCAUUCCCGGGGUGUUCGGUGGCCCCUACCCCUUUGGCAUCGACCCGAUUUGGAAUAUUGCCACCAACAAGCUGGCCUUCCUCAACUCCUUCAAGAUGAAAAUGUCUGUGAUUCUUGGCAUUAUCCAUAUGCUCUUUGGUGUCACAUUGAGUCUUCUCAACCACAUCUAUUUUAAGAAGCCACUGAACAUCUACCUGGGAUUUAUUCCAGAGAUGAUUUUCAUGUCAUCACUCUUUGGAUACCUCGUUAUUCUCAUUUUCUACAAAUGGACAGCCUACGAUGCUCACACCUCCAAGGAUGCACCAAGCCUUUUAAUACACUUCAUCAACAUGUUUCUCUUCUCCUAUAGUGACACCAGUAAUAAGAUGCUUUAUAAAGGGCAGCAAGGCCUCCAGUGUUUCCUCGUGGUGGUGGCGUUACUGUGUGUGCCCUGGAUGCUGGUAGCUAAACCCCUGGUCCUUCGCCAUCAGUAUUUAAGGAGAAAGCACUUGGAAGGGCAGCCCGUGGAGGCCCAGGUCAGCCCAGUCCCGAACGAGCAGGCACUAGAGGCAGCAGCGGCUGCAACAGGAACACACAACUUCGGUGGGAUCCGGGUGGGCAAUGGCCCGACUGAGGAGGAUGCUGAGAUCAUUCAACAUGACCAGUUAUCUACCCACUCCGAGGAGGGGGAGGAGCCUACAGAGGAUGAGGUGUUUGACUUUGGGGACACCGUGGUGUACCAGGCCAUCCACACCAUCGAGUACUGCCUGGGGUGCAUUUCAAACACUGCAUCCUACCUGAGGCUCUGGGCUCUCAGCUUAGCCCAUGCACAGCUCUCGGAGGUGCUCUGGACCAUGGUGAUCCACAUUGGCCUCAGUGUGAGGAGCCUGGGUGGAGGCUUGGGCCUCUUCUUCAUCUUUGCUGCUUUCGCUACCCUGACAGUGGCGAUUCUGCUGGUCAUGGAGGGGCUGUCUGCUUUCCUCCAUGCUCUUCGCUUGCACUGGAUCGAGUUCCAGAACAAGUUCUACACUGGCACUGGAUUCAAGUUUCUCCCUUUCUCCUUUGAUACCAUCCGCGAGGGGAGGUUUGACGAUUAAGUGUCCCCCCUCUCCUCAGGCAGUGUUCCUCGUGGCCAGCCCUGUCCCGUGUGUCCCAGUUGCAUGUAACCCUCCCAUAGCGAACAUAACUUAUUGCAGCACCCGAGAGCUUUGCCUCCGGGGUAGCGAGUGACACUGGAUCAAAGAAACUCUUAUCCCUUAAGUUUACCACUGCAGAGAGCAAGUGCAUGAGGUGUGUGAGCCCGAGCGUGUCCUCGUGGCGUGGAUCAGGGCAAGGACACGGAUGCAGCCGCGGCUCAGGGGCCACACAGCACACGGAGAAAGGGCUGAACAACCUCAGCCUGCACAAAGCUGCUCGGGAAGAGGAAGUUUGACGUGUGGGUCCCGUGUCUCUGCCUCUGAGCAACCAAACUGGGAGCAGGGGGCAGCCUCGGGGCUCCCACAUGUGCUGUGUUUCCAUCUGUGUCUCAUGCUGUGCGGGGAUUUGGCCCUUUGAGGUACUGGUGAUGUGUUGUCAUUGUGCUGGGGGGCUGAGGAGCCCCUUAGGGUACAACAGAGGCUGAGUCUUGCCAGAACAGCCCCAUGGUGAUGGACUCUCGCUGCUAUUUCCCCCCAGUAGCUGUUGCUUUUUCUCUUGUGCAAGUUGUGAGUAAUUCCUCACCCUCCUCACGUGGAUGUAGCUGUAGGAGCAGUGGUGUGUGUGUGUGUUAGUGCUGUAACUGUCGUGUUUACCUGUCACAGUGCAUCUGAAGUACUUGUGUGUGCCCAGAUUAGAACAGUUCUGAGAAUCAUUGUAACCUGCAAUGGAGGAGGAAAGGCCACGCAGUGCGGGCUGGUGAAGUGAUGAGAAAUGGGGGGGGUGUGAGCAGGGGGGCCCUUGUGCUGCACGGGGGCAGCCGCUGCGUGUGUCCAGCUGCACGUUCACAAGGGUGUUUGCACAACCAGAGCCGGAAUGGGGCCGUGUCUGCGGGUGCAGCGGUGACCCUGGUCCUGCUGCCCGCGGCCGUGCACUGCUCGCAGUCACUGUGUACAUUAAACCAACUGCACAACAA